AUGCAGGAGUUUGCCUCCACCAGUGCCAGUGGAGCCAGCGGAGCUUCGGUGAAAGCACGACUGGACGCGCCAGCCACACUGGAGAAGCUGCUGAGCUGGUCUGAGGAGAAGUGGGCCACGCUCUGCCAAUGCUUCCUGUGCGCACCCGGCGUCACCGUGGUGGGUUGUCCCUCCAAGGCCACAGGCGAAGAGAUUCAAGCGGAAGAUGCAGCCCGCCUUGAACAGCAAAAGAAAACCCUCGGCGAGGAGGGCAUGAAGAAGGCUGGUGAAGAGCUCGCAGCCGCGGAGGAUGAGAACGAAGUUGAAACCCCGGAGGAAGUCUCGGCACAGUUUCAGGUGCCAGAUGUGAGUCGAGUUCAGCUCAUCGAUGUGUCCACAGUCACGGUGAAGAACGGUGUGCCAAGCGCAGUCUUUGGGAAGGACUCCACGCGACUCAAGGAGGUGGUUGCAAAAGCUGCAGCGCUGGGAAUGCCUGGAUUGAACUUUCAUUUCGACCACGUGGCAGGUGCUCAGUUCAUCUCGUGCCACUUGAUGGUCCCUUUGACGUCCCUGACGAUGCGGCAGCUGGAGCUCAUGCCAUUGUGGUGCGAUACGGCCUUUGAACUGCCCAUGGUCUCCAGCCCAUUGGGAGAGGCUCUGAGUCACGAGGCGGUCGUUCAAUUGUUGACAGACACGGUCGUGCACCGGAGUUUCAACGUGGGCGUCGGUGGAGGUCGCUUUCGUGCCGGGGCCGCGGCCAACAUGCUGCACAUCUCCAUGAAGGUGGAGCGAGCACAGUAUGAGAAAGCACCCUGGCUCAUUGCUCGUCUUCUGGCCGAUGUUGAGUUCUCGGUGGACCGGCUACAAGUCGCCCUGAAACGGAUGCUCAACGACGUCCCCAACAGCAAGCGCAACGGCAAGGGCCUCAUGCGCUUGGCCAUGUCGGCCUUCGACUACAGCGACAGCUGUGCACAUGGCGCCUUCAACGUCUUCCGGGUGGAGAAACUGCUGAAGGGCUUGGAGGACGCAGGAAACGCUGCGCCCUUGGGCGCGUGCGCGAGCGAGCUCGCUGGGGUGCGGACGGCGCUAUUGGCGCCUGGUGCGCUGGCGUAUGUUUCAGGAGACAUUGCAGCUUUGGAGACUGGAAUCUUCAAGCCGUGGUGCCACCAACCCUUCAUGGCUGCAGGCGGCGGAGGCUACAAAAGCGCGCCAGCGACCCCACUGCCCGCCCUUCGUCGGGAGCUCUAUGCCGCGGACGCCUUGCGGCCGCCCGAGGGGUCCACUUACGGCUGCUUCCUCUCCAGCACCGCCGAGGAAUCGAAUUACUGGCUGGUCCAAUGUGAUUCAUUCACAGACCCCAGAUCACCAGAACUUGCUCCUUUGCUGGUGGCCAUCGAAUACAUCACAGCCUUGGAGGGACCAUUUUGGCGGAAGAUCCGCGGCAAAGGUCAUGCGUACAGUUAUGGUAUCAACCAUGACUUGGAAGCUGGAAAGCUGACAUUCUCGCUCUACAAGGCCACGAACCCCGUGGCCGCCUACGAAGCUGCGGGCGCCAUCAUCGAGCAGUUGUGCUCCGAAGGCUCUGAUGCACCCAUGGCAGAUGAAGGCGAGGGCGAAGAUGAGGAUGAGGAAGGCCUUGACCCUUACGCUCUGGAAGCAGCACAAAGCGGAGUGCUGUUUGGAUUGAUCGAGCCGGUCGACACUGUGCCAGGUGCGAUGGGCGAGGCCUUCUCAAUGAUGCUAACCCGAUCGCCACCAGAUCAAUUGCAAUGGCUCUUGCGUGCGGUGCAGAGAGUCACAGAGGAUUCUGUGAGAGCUGCCAUGCAGAAGCACAUCGCCCCUCUUUUUACAGGAAGCAGCGGUCGAACAGUGUCCAUGGUGGGCCCCAGCAAAAAACGAGCAGAGCUCGAGGAAUCCAUUCAGAAAUUGGAGCCCCCGUUCAAGGUCGUUCAUUUGGACGUGGAGAGCUUCGUCAACACGUUGGCGAACGGCGCCAGCGGCUUUGCAGAUCUGAGACGCAAAGUGCGGCCAGGUACAGGUUGA